UUCGAGAGCAGACGUGUUUAUCUAACAUGGCUUCCGUUUUAGAAUCGGCCUUCGAUAUGUUUGAUGAAUGGCAAAGGGCACGCCUUUCAUGCUAAUAUAUCUAUUGUCCGCGGUCUUUUAAUCGAUUACUUUUUUAGAUUUUUGUUUAAUGAACAGCGACGGACGGCCCUCAAAGCUCCGAAAAGACAUGAUGACCACAUGGUUUGUAGUUGUUCUGUGUGCGUCACUGUGUCUUGAGACUCAAGCAGUUGUCUCUGUAACAUCGUCACAAAUUUCUGUAGCAUGUGGUUAUGAGCGCACUGAGGGAUUUGGCCCUAUCGAGAUAAGCGUUAGUUGGACACCAGAUGACAUCUCGACACAGAAUGGAACUGUUUUCCCACAAGGGCACGAGGCAACGGUAUUGGCGGGAACCUUCUGUUCGCAGACGAUAGACACUACCACCAACCCAUGGAAUAAUACGCUACUCAUCAAUACCGCAAACCUGACCAUUGGCACAGCCGGGCCAUGUGGACAACUCCAAACAUCUAGUGAUACAGUGGAGGUCGACUUCGUCAUUAGAGAGGGUGCGAUUCUCGACACUGAAGAUGCAAUGUUCACUGUUUCAUGCAAAUAUACACCAUCGUCCAUACCAAACUUAGGGGCAGUAGGGACUGCAGAUAUUAUAAAUUCGCCAACGGUAGUACCUGGCGAGGGGACACCAAACGUACUGGACAGAAGCUAUGAACUCACUCUAGUAGAUGCAGCAAGUCUUGAUGUACUCAGAGGUGCGAUUCCAAUUGGUACCGAGGUCAAGUUCAGAGUGAGGAUGUUCGGAAACGAUGAUGGUGGAUUACCAUUGUCCGUGGCUGGUGACGAGAAUGGACUGAUGGUGAAAUCCUGCCAAGCCACUAACGAUAAAGGCACCAACGUGAUACCAAUGCUCUCCGACUGGUGUACAGUUGAAGGCAUUGUCACGUGGCCUGAUUCCUUUGGACAGUUAACAUUAGGGUUUGAAACAACGAGCCUCCAAGCGUACGGACCAAAGUUCACCAUGUUUGGAAUUGGCGGUGGAGAUACGGCAAAGGUUCAGUUUGAGUGCUAUGUCGAAGUCUGCCGAGCUAGUUGUAAUGGGAAAAACUGCCCGACCGAUACAUCUAGAAGGCGUAGAUCUCUCCACAAACGAGAAGCGACGUAUUCCGGUGAGACGGUCUUGAAGUUUGUGGCAGAUAUCUCAGCAAGUGGUUCAGCAGGAGCGAAUGGUCAGAAUGGAGGAAAUGGUUCGGCUCAUGGUAGUCCACAGGUUAUGUUCAUUGUACUUGGUACAGUCGGGGCAUUAUGUGCAAUUUGUGUAGCAGUCGGUGUUAUUGUAAUCUUGAAGUUCCGCUCUGUAAGGGCCCAAGAUCAAAAACCUUGAACUUGAUACCUUUAUCCCUGCUGCGACCACCAGUGAGGGUAACGGAGCGCACGCUCAUGUAAAAUCAAAAAGUACACGUUUCAUGCCUGUGUUCAAAACUCAAUAUUCAACCAUGUUUAUAAUGAUCACGACGUGAUCGUAACGUAAUCUGAUUGUUCGUUUUAGUGAAAUAAAUGAGCCAGGCGUUAUCCAAGAAUUAACAAAAAGUCAAGUCCUGUGGUUGAAUGAAAGUCAUACACGGCCUGAAAUCCACGGGGUAAACAAAAUGUUUAAAAUGUCGCCAUACGACAAAUGUACGAUUAUAAACUUGGUUCAUUAUUUAAUUUAAUUUUAUAUAAGAGCGAAUUGGGUCAUUUAAUCCAGUUACAAAUUGAAGGGAUUCAUCAGCAUUUCGAAAUCAGGGGAAACUAGUGUGAAAACUAAUGUCAUAAUGACAUAUAUUCUGUUUAUUCAU